GACCAUGAACUUGAUGCAAUGGUCGCGCCUGGUUCACGUGCCUCCCCUGUUUUUGCUAUUGGUGGCUAUCCAGCAGUAACUGUUCCAGCCGGCUAUGAAAGUGAUGGCAUGCCCUUUGGGAUCUGUUUUGGAGGGUUAAAGGGAAUCAAUAAAAAAGACAAUUCCCUUAUUUUCACUUAAGAAAGAUAAAUUGAAUCAUCAAAUAAUUUGGAGGGUGAAGUGCAAUUAGAUCCAUUUUUUAGGGGAUUCACAUCAUCAUUAGCACCAUGAACGUUUAUUCCUUGUUCGUGAUACUUGCUCUUGCGGCCUUAUCACUUGUUGGAUGGUCGCAUAUUGAUACUUGCCAUGCAUUCUCGAUUAGGGAAGCUAGCAUUAGUGAUCUUCAGUUUGCUUUUAGCCAAAACCAGCUCACGUCGAGACACCUCGUGGAGUUUUAUUUUGGAGAAAUUUCAUGGCUUAAUCCAGUUCUUAAAAGUGUCAUUGAGAUAAAUCCCGAUGCACUCUUGGAAGCUGACAAGGCUGACCUAGAGAGGAACGAGGCAAACAGAAAAAAUCGUUCUUUAUCCGUGCUGCAUGGUGUACCAAUACUUCUUAAGGAUAAUAUUGCAACAAAAGAUAAGCUUAACACUACUGCUGGAUCCUUUUCAUUACUGGGAUCAGUGGUGCCCCGUGACGCAGGUAUAGUGACAAAGCUGAGAAAAGCAGGGGCAAUUGUACUCGGGAAAGCUAGCCUCAGUGAGUGGGCUCAGUCUCGGGCGCUAAAGGCGCCCAAUGGCUGGAGCCCUAGAGGUGGACAAGGAAAAAAUCCUUAUGUUCUGUCCGCGGACCCUUGUGGCUCGAGUAGUGGAUCAGCAAUAUCAGUGGCAGCAAACAUGGUAUCUGUGUCAAUAGGGACAGAGACCCGUGGUUCCAUCUUAUGCCCGGCCAGCUCCAAUGCAGUUGUAGGCAUCAAACCAACCGUUGGACUCACUAGUCGAGCCGGGGUCAUCCCAAUCUCUCCUAGACAAGACACUAUUGGACCAAUUGGCAGAACAGUAGCGGAUGCUGUUCAUGUUCUUGAUGCCAUCGUAGGCUUUGACCACAAUGAUGCAGCUGCAACUGGUGCAGCAGCUAAAUUCAUUCCUCCAGGUGGUUAUACUCGAUUUUUGAAAGUAGAUGGAAUUAAGGGCAAGAGAAUUGGAAUAGUGAGGCACCCCUUCUUCAAUUUCACUAAUAAUCCUGCCCUGGCUCAAGUUUUUGAGAAACACAUCCAAAAACUCAGGCGACAAGGUGCACUGUUGGUAGAUAAUGCGAACAUAGCCAACAUUGAGACAAUUUUAGACUUUAAUCUGAGUGGUGAAGCAUCAGCAGUGUUGGCUGAGUUCAAGAUAGCCUUAAAUAAUUAUCUAAAUGAGCUAAUUGGUUCCCCUGUUCGAUCUUUAGCAGAUAUAAUAAUGUUCAAUCAAAAAAAUCCUGAAGUGGAGAUGCUAGAGGAAUUUGGUCAAGAUAUAUUUUUGGCUGCUGAAGCAACAAAUGGAAUUGGGGAAACAGAAUUGAAAGCUUUGAGGGAUUUAUCAAGAUUAACAAGAGAUGGAUUUCAAAAGUUGAUGCAAAAGUAUAAGUUGGAUGCAUUGGUGACUGGUGGCCCUGGUGUUGCUGCUGUUCUUGCAAUUGGUGGAUUUCCAGCAAUUAGUAUGCCUGCUGCAUAUGACAAAGGGGUGCCAAUUGGCAUAUGUUUUAGCGGGUUGAAAGGCUCAGAGCCUAAAUUAAUUGAAAUCGCCUAUGGCUUUGAGCAAGCAACCCUAGUUAGAAAGCCUCCAACUUUUUUGCCCUAAAAAGGUAGUAGUAGAAAAAUAUGUGCGUAUGUUUCUUUUCUUUUGCUUUAUGUAUUUCUAAUUUGAUAUUAACCGUCCCGACUAACUGAGGUUUGCAUAAAUGUAUGGACUAUUAAAUGUGA